AUGUCGGAUUAUUUGGAUUUUGAGGAGGAGCGUGAAGCCAACAUCGCACGGAACCGAGAGAUUCUCGCCAAAUUAGAGCUGUCCGUCGAUCUUCCGGUGAAACAUAAGCCAUCACCCAGGAACAGCGCGCAGCCUGUACAGCCCAAAAGACCGAAGCGCGCGAAGGCGGUGGCCGCGGUGCCUACACGACAGUCGUCAAGACUGAAAAGAUCGGCUACCGAUCCAAAUGAAGGUCCUGCGAAGAGGAGAAAGCGAGAACAAGAAGAGGAAGAGACGCGGAAGAAGGAGGAAGAAGAGCGUCUGGAAGCGGAGGAACGCGCGCGGGAAGCCAAGAAGCCGCGACACCAAGAUUUAGAACUACAAACGAUAACAGAAGAGUUGGGGGCCGAUGAGCGAGCCGGUCUACAAGCAGUUUUCCAGGAUGUCAUCAGGGAGGUAUAUCCCAAUCAAAAUGAUGACCAGGGUGCAUUUGUGUUCGAAGAUGAUAAGAAGGAGAAGGCUGCCGUUACAGAACUCAGGAAGAAGCUGCGAGGCUUGAAGGUAGUCGCGCGGGCAAAAGUCACCCAAGAUCGGAUAUACAGCGCGGCUUAUCACCCCGAGCCUACGAAGGAUCUUAUCUUCUUCGGCGACAAGCAUGGCCAGUUAGGUAUAUGGGAUGCUCGGGCUCCACAGGAAGAGGUCGCCGAUGACGCGGAGGAUGUUACCUCCUCCGACAAUAGUGAAGGUGGUAAAUAUUGGCGACUCCAACUCCACUGGCCAGCCACUGCGAAAUCAUCCAUUUCUACGGUAAAGUUCGAUCCCGUUGAUUCACAUAAUGUAUAUACAAGUUCGUACGACUGCACUAUUCGACGUCUCUCUUUCACAUCAGGCAUCUCUCGCGAGAUCUUCUCGACUGAUGAAGUGCUGAUUUCGUCGAUCGACCUUCCCCCCACCGGCAAUGAAAUGUGGAUAUCAGACGCUCUCGGUGGUGUCACACACCUGGACUUACGGCAGGACAAGUCGAAGGCACGAUGGUACCAAUUGUCAGAUCAGAAGAUUGGUAGCAUCAGUGUAAAUCCCACGAAUACCCAUUUCCUUGUAACGGCUUCCAACAGCCGUUCGUUGAAGAUUUGGGACACCCGGAAACUUGAGCACAUAACCACAAAGGGGAAAGGGGCUGCAUCAUCCUCUGCCUCGGUGUUACCGCAAGAUUUCGACAGCGAAGUGGUGGAGCACUUCCUGGCAUCCAAGCAAGGGCAAGGUUGUCUGCGUGGCGAAUGGCGACACAACAAGUCAGUCAGCUCGGCGUACUGGGAUCCCCGGGGAAGAUCUAUCGUUAGUACAAGUUACGAUGACACCAUCCGAUUAUGGGAUAUCAGCGAUAAAUUUCUUCAACGUGACUCCCCCUUCCCGUCAUCCAGACCAUUUAGCCAGAUCAAGCACAACUGUCAGACUGGUAAAUGGUUGACGAUCCUCAGAGCGCAAUGGUCGCAGAACUCCGAUCACUAUCCACAUUUCACGAUCGGCAAUAUGGAGCACUCGUUGGAUAUCUUCUCUUGCAAAGGAGAUUUAAUUGCCAGACUGUCGGACCGUCAACGGAUAACAGCCGUGCAAGCGGUUACUUGCUCCCAUCCCAGUGUCCUAGAGCGAGCAGCAAGUGGCAAUGCCAGUGGCAGAUGUGUGCUGUGGGCUCCGCCGGAUGAGUAG